AUGCUGGCGGCGAGAGGCACGGGCGGCGGCGGCGGCGGCGGCGGGACAGCCCUGCGCCUGGCGCCGCGGCCCGCCGCCAUGAAGCCGCCUGAGGCGCCGCGGGCGGCGGGGGAAGCCCUGCUGGAGGACGGCGGGGAGCUGGCGGAGGCGCUGGGGGAGUUCGACGCCGUCCUGCAGGACUUCUCGUGCCCGCCCGGCCGGCGCCGCUUCCACUACGGCGAGCACCUGGAGCGCAUGAAGCGGCGGAGCAGCGCCAGCGUCAGCGACGGCAGCGGCCUCAGCGACUCCGAGAGUGCGGAUUCACUCUGCAGAAAUAGUUUCAGCUUCAGUGAUGAAAAGCUGAAUUCUCCAACUGCAUCUACUCCAAGUCUACCAUCUCCAUCAGUUACGCCAUGUAAAGCAAAACUUGGAGAUACAAAAGAAUUGGAAGACUUUAUUGCUGAUCUUGACAGGACACUAGCAAGUAUGUGAAACAGGAAAUUUGGGGAUUGUCCUGCCUAUGAGUAUCCUUUGAAGAAUAAGUGACAUCAAUCACUGAGAACUGCUGACACUGUCUGAUAACUUUGCUACCCAAGCUAUUUACCUUCUGAACAUAACUUUGUCAUCUCCUAUAAGUAUUUAACAGGCAGCAUGGGUUUUGUUACUCUGCAGCAGGUGGAAUCAGAUAACUUAAAUGUUACUGAUAUAUUUUUUUGCUUUAAAAUAUAGCUUAAAUUUUAAUUUAAAGUUGCUUUUAUGAAAAAAAAUUUGUAAUUUUAUAUAGUUGAGAACUUUUACUGCCUCUUCCAUUAUAAUAUAUUUUUGUAUACAAAUAAAGCCUGAACUGGAAUCCAGAUGUCUGAAAAUUUCUUAUGAAUAUAACUGCAAAAAAUGAUUAAAACCUGUUUAAGAGCUUAAUUUGUAAAGUAUUUGAUAAGGAUGUAUUUCCUAGUAGCAAAAUAUAGUAUGCUGGCUUCAUAUAGAACUUCACAUUUUUCUCUUCAAAUUGCUUAAAUAAGAAUUUCUUCACUAUGUAAAAUGAAUAUGAUCAGUAAUAUAAUAAAGCAAAUCAAAUGGUCAUUUCACUUGCAUUAUAGUAAAUCUGAAAUAACACUUAGUACAGUUGAGAUUUGAAGAGUAACACCUAGUUCAAACUCUAUUUAAAGGGUGUUUUUUGCAAGCAUCAGUGUUGGAAACUUGAGUAUUAACAUAUGAUUUUUGUACUAGGUGUUAACUGGCAAGUUAGGCAUCUAAGCUGAAAGGUUUAAAGAUACGGAGUUACAGCAACAAGAAAUACUUGAAUAGCUGGGUAUUUCCGAUGCCAGACCUGAGUCCAGAAUUGGCCAGACACUCCUUUUCAAACAAGCAGGGACAUCAAUGUUCUAAUCAGUGGUAGAUGAACCUGCAAUUUUAAAGGAAUAUAAUUCAUCCCAUAUGUAUUAAGCACUGGAGAUGUCAUCAUGUGAGCUCCUCCAGCUGCUGCAGACAUUACACUGAGUGCUGGCUGACCUACUCAUGUGGUUGCUCCCUAAUCUGUUCAGGCAAAGUGAGCUGGGCUUGUUAAAACUGCAGCUCUGUCUGUGACCAAGCCAGGCUAGCGAGCAGUUAUGUGAGUGGUUCAGAUAUUGUGCCCCCUUUGAUCUGUUGUCAUCUCUGCUGAGUGCAGCCAUGUCUGGAGAAGGAUAUAUGUCUGGGCCCUUGGCAUGGCUACCUACUGGUUGCUUGAGAGGAUGUAUAUAGACCUGUGUCUUCUGCAGUUCGGGUGAAAGUAGUCUGUCUCUUUUGCUAACAAGAACUCCACAGGGUUGAUAUGAACUGAUCUGUUAACUUUGUUUUCUAAAAAUAGAUGAAGAAUUUGGAUCUUGCUAAAUGCAAUCUAAACUUUCAGUUUUCUACAUUGGUAAGAAAACUGAACACUGGUAACUGGGUACAUUUGAAUGUCUCUAAAACCACUUUUAGGAGUGUGUGGGGUUCCCCCACCACCACCAUGACCCUUCUUUCAGCCAAGAGUUCAAUGUUAUGUUGGUGGCUGCUUGCUGAGGAGGCAAUUUCUCUAGGUUUUCUACAGCAGCUUCAGGUGAUAAAUUGUCCCUGUCUGUGUCCAUUAGAAUAGAGAUAGUCUGCAACAGAAAGUUAACUCAUUCUAGGAAAAUUGAAAUGGCAGAUGAGUAGAGCUGCAGAAAGCUGGUGAUAUAAUUAAGCAUGGAGAUUUAGGGGAGAAAGGGUCCUUCCUUCUCUGAAGGAAUUGCAAAGUCUGUGUGGAAGGAAGGUGGAAUGCUUCAUUUCUAAGAUAGCAAUGUGCUUCUGUGUUCUGCAGGAUCUUCACACCCUUACUCAGAGGCUCCUGCACAAUAGGAUAAUCCCUUUGAGCAGCAAGGUAGGCUUGCUUCGGCAAAGUCAGAGCACUGUGGAAAUUUAAUACUAUAAACACACAGGAGCAAUUUCUCCUUUUGGAUGCCUUAGUAGAACUGAGAGAAGCUGGCCCUUCUUGUUCCCAUAUGUAAAGAGAUGGGCUAUAACACAAAGCCUGUGAAGGGAAUUCCCUUGGCUGGUGUAGAACUUCCCAUUAUAUGGGAAGAGACACUGCUUUUUAGCAGGUACUGAGGGAAGGCAAACAAGGGAAUACCUGAAAGACAAGCUCAUUGGUUUUUCUAUUUUUGGUAAGAAAUAUCGCUAGCUGUUUGCACAGGGUGUAUUUUUAAAGAUAAUUGAAGAAUAGCAGCAGAAGUUUGGCUGUAAUGAUGAAAGAUGGAGUGGUUGUGAAUGACGGAUGUUAAUGUCCUGAAGGUAGAAAAAUUGAACUAAGUGACUUUUAAGUAAGCUAAAUGUUUUAGAAGAGACUACUUCAAAUUGCUGCUAGGGAGGCUGGAUGCACAGCUGCUUUUUCCUGUCUGUGCAGAUGUGCAGGGCAUGAGUUUUCCACUUCCUCACUAUACUUUCAGUUGCUGCCUGAUACAGUUGAAGGCUCUGGACCUAUAAUGAAUAUUCAGAGUUGGACAUCUCCCUUUAGUGUGAUAUUACUGAAUUAAUAUAGUACUUCAAGACUGGGUGUCUAGAAGAACAAAGUACUGCCAUUCUGAAGACUCUUUUCCUUCAUAACUAAAGAUUUAAAACAUGUUCCUCAUUUCCUGUGAUGUGAAGUCAAUUAUAGAGUUAAGAGUCAAGUCACCACUUACCUGUUUUUUUUUUUUUUUUUAAUCUUAUGCAUAAAAAGGUGGAGACUUCUCAUUGCUUGUGCAGCAGUUCUGGAAAUCAGUGACUACAAAUUUGGGAGUGUAUUCUAGUAAGUUGUUGAUCUAAUUCCCUUCUGUUUGUUUUGCUCAAUUUUGAAUGUCUUACUGUGUCAGAAUGAAGGCACUAAUGUAGAUCUCAUUUCACCAGAGUACAUCUGUGACUUAAGCUCAUGAUCUAAUUACUCUACGUACGGCACUGGAAAAUGCAUUGUUGAGAAAAAACUCGUGAUGUUUUAUCCCCAAGUGAGUACUGCUGGAAGCUGUGCUAUCCUUAUGGACCAGCCUAGUUUUCUAAUUCUUGUUUUGACCUCCCUCUUAUGCUGUGAUGCCAGGUUUGGACUUGAAGAUAGUUAUUUAGCCCUAUUGUGCCAAUAUGCAACUCUUCUAGAAAUGGAAAUGAGGAGCUUACACUAAGCAGAUAUAUUGCCACAGCUUAAUGUGUAAGGUGAGGUGCAACAAUUCUUUGCAUGUAUGCUCUUUACCUACUGCAAACUCAAGGUUAAAUGGUUUAGUUUAAACUGCUAUCGCUGCGGCUUGAGCUAAUGUGUCUUAUCUUGGGUUUGCUAUUGAUUGUGUGCGUCCUCAGCACGGUCACCAAGGCUCAGCUGAUAUGUGGUAACUCAUUAAGCCUGGUAAUGUGCUCAUAAUGAGCCCUUUAUAGUGGGGAGAGGAGAAAAGAGCCAAAAGAGGACUUUUUUCCUGGCUGUACAAGUGCCUUCAGCUGCUAUUGAUGCACCUACAGCCGGGUGACUUCUUGGGAAGGAAGGGAAAAGUAAUGCUGGCAGUGACUAGGUAAAAGGAAAAGCAGGCUCUUUCUUGUGAAGCUUGCUUGUAGGAGAAGGGCUCAGUUCUUGCUGGCUCCUAGACCCCUCUGUCCCAGUGCUUUCCCCUCCACCUCCAUUGCUGAUGCUUGCUUAGGAGUACGCACUAGAUGUGGAAUUGAUUUCUGUCAGGGUUGCCUGAUAUGAAGCAUCGGAAAGGGGAAGAGAAAUCAUGUUUACAGCUCAGCAGCUUUGUUUAAGCCUUAUUUUCAGAAGUGGAUAUUUGCAAAGAGAAAGCACAUAGAGACUGCUUCUGCCUGCUACCGUGCCUACAACCAGAGAUUUUCUAAGUUAUUAAUUGUUGCUUUUAGAUCACUGUUCAGCUGCUUCAGGCUCUGUGAAUUCCUCAGUGCCAUGGGAAAUGUUCCACUUAGCAUAUAUCUCCAUGGAUGAACCAUGACUUGUUAGCUUAGAUGGACGCAGUUUACUGUCCAGGAGUUACUCAUGCCCCACUGGAGCCUGUCUGUCUUAUGUGAGAUCUCUUUAUUUGAAGGUGCCUGAAUGUGCUAGACUUCACAUCUGCUAGACUGUUGGAGAGACACAGCUUGCCAUGUUUGGAAGCAAAUUCAAUAUCAUAAAGCCAAUAUAACUACAGCAGGUCUUGAACUAAAUCCAGCUCUACAUAUUAACAUUGCAAACUCCGUAUUCUCAGUGGAGAAAAGUCCUGUUUUCUAUGUUAUUUUAAUAGGGUUUUGUACAUUACUGACUUCAUUUCAGCUUGGCUAGCAGCUCUAGCUGUCUAAAUAACUUUGCUAUAACGUAAGAUGGUACUGGCAGUUAUUUAUCAUUGUAUUACAGUAUUAAAAUGGAUCUCUUCAAGGUUCUUUCUUCUUUCAAAUUGAAUACUUUAAGAUGUUUUUGGGGAUUAAACUAGGCCAGUCAGUACAAAGUGGUUUUUAGUGCUUUUGUUCCUUUUUGCUCUUUCAAUUCUAUGUUUUGGAAACUGAAAUGUUCAUCAUUUCAGCUCUUAAAACUACAGACUAGAGGCCUACUCCUCCAUUCCCAAAGGCAUGCAGAGCUCACCAAAUUCUGUGGGAGGCUUGGGCAUGUUGAAUUGGGCUGGAAGCUAGAUGUGAAUGUUCUCUUCUCCAUAGCAAAUGGCUGUAAUACCGAAUGUCUUCAUUUGGUUCUGUUGUUAUAAUGUAUUUCAGACCAGUAUUUAUAAUUAAGAGCAUUGCCCUUGUGUUGUCUCAAAAAAAUAAAACCACCGUAUUUUGAUAUAUAUGCAGUCUUGACUUUUCAAAAAAAAUUAAUCUUGCUAAUAAAUCAAAUCAGGAUCCAUCCGACUUGACUUAAGCACUUGCGUAAAACUUUGUAUCUGCUGCACUGGAACUGUAGAGUUACUGCUUACUGAGGGUAUUAAUGCUAAACUACAACAGAACUGCCAGUGCAGGAGAGGGUGGUACCGUACUGUGCCCACAGGUGGAAAAGCUGCACAUCACAUUGGUCGAGAUGUAUCACCCCAGCAUUAGCAAUUCAGCUUGCUUCAGCUCUGUGGUGGGGAUUUGGAGCGUCUGGCACCAUGGCCGUGUUGGGCAUUUCUGUUAACUCAAGAGGAUUGGAAUUAAACUCUGACAUGAA